AUGGCCUCUAGCUCCUCCACACUUUCCAUCUCCUCCUCAUCCACCCUCGUUGACACCAAGGCUCCCCGCCACUCGGCAGCAUCAUCGCCGCAAUGUGUGACCCUCCCUACGCUUCCUCCACCCCCGGUUCAGUCUCAGAACCGCCCAGGGAAGACUACUGCCUAUUGUCGUAAGAUUGCGCGCAAUGUCAUGGCCAUGGCCACAGGGGAAGCACCUGCAGAAGUGGCUACAACUGAGUUCCCAGAGAUUGUGAAGACAGUUCAAGAAGCUUGGGAAAAAGUUGAAGAUAAGUAUGCAGUGUCUUCACUUGCGGUGGCUGGUGCUGUUGCACUAUGGGGCUCCACUGGAUUGAUCUCGGCAAUUGAUAGGCUUCCUUUAGUCCCUGGUGUUCUUGAGCUUGUAGGCAUUGGCUACACUGGGUGGUUUGCAUACAAGAACCUUGUUUUCAAACCAGACAGGGAAGCUUUGACGCAGAAGAUUAAAGACACAUACAAAGAUAUAAUCGGAAGCGGCUAG